AUGCGUUGCUUCAAAGUAUUAAGAUGCAUAACUCUGUGGUCUAAAGUGCCUUAUGGUUCAUUAGAUCCUUCAGUUAAUCUAGUUGCAUAAUAUGAUGCAGAUAACUAUUACUAAAAAGUAAAUUUGGGAGUAAAUACUUAUAGAGAUAACUAAGGAAAUCCUGUACUUCUGGAGUCUGUACAAGAAGCUUUGUAAAUUGUUAGAGAAAAAAAUUUAGAUAAUGAAUACCCUCCCAUAGAAGGACUCUAAUCUUUCAUCUAAGCAACGAUAAAACUUGGAUAUGGUGAGAAGUACUACGAAAGAAACGGUAAAUACAUUGCUGGGUGCCAAGUUCUCAGUGGAACAGGGGCUGUAAGAUUAGGUUUUGAACUAUUAAAUAAGUUUGUUUCUCCGGGAACAUAAGUUUUUGUUCCAAAUCCGACUAAAACUCUUCAUUCGACUAUAGCCUAGAUGGCAGGAUUAUAGUCUAAAGAGUAUCGCUAUUUUAAUCCAAUUACCAGACAAGUAGAUUUUUCUGGACUUUUUGAAGACUUAUAAAUUGUCCCAAAUGGAUCAAUCGUAUUAUUCCAUGCUUGCUCACACAAUCCAACUGGAUGUGAUCUUGAUUUAGAUUAAUGGAAACAAUUAUUGGAUUUAACAAAAUAAAAAGGCAUUCUACCAUUUUUUGAUAUGACAUACUAGGGAUUUACAAGUGGAGAUAUGGACUAAGAUGCUUAAGCCAUUAGAAUGUUUACAGAAGCAGGAGUUCCCAUCAUGUUAGGUUAAUCAUUUGAUAAAAACAUGGGGUUGGCAGGCUAAAGAACUGGGUGUCUCAGUAUAGUCUGUUCUAAUGAAAGAGAAAAGGAAAUGGUUGUUUCAUAACUAAAUUUGUUAGCCAGAUCACUUUGGUCUUGCCCUCCAGUUCAUGGUGCCAGAAUUGCAGAAACUAUACUCAACAAUCCUGAAAUAUAUUAAUUGUGGUUGAAUGAAGUCAAACAAAUGGCAUUAAGAUUAAAAAAUAUAAGAUAAAGUUUUACAAAAGCCUUAAAAGACUUAGGUUCUCCUCAUGAUUGGUCUCAUCUCUCAAAAUAAUUUGGAAUGUAUUCAUUAACAGGUUUUGGGCAAGUCCAAAUAAAAGAACUCAUGGAAAAGUAUCACAUCUAUUUAUUACAUAAUGGUGGAAUAUCGAUAGCUGGAUUGAAUGAUGCUAACAUCAAGUACGUGUCUAUGGCUUUUCAUGAAGUGACAAAAAACUAUAGAUUGUGA